AUGUGCUGUUAUGUAUUUUUCAAUAUUUUUUUAGAUGUCAUUGGUUAUGUUUGUGUUUGUUAUAACAUCGAGGAUACGAACAAAAAGGAUGGUAGCAAAGGGAAACGCCUUAAUCUUAAGCUUCAAGAUAUUGAAGAUGUUCAGAUCGAUUUAACUCUUUGGGAUGAUUACGCUAAGGACAUGUAUUCUUACAUGGUUAGUGAAAAGCGUGAAGCACAUGUUGUCGUUGUUGUCCAUUUCGGUGCUGUUAAGACAUACAAAGGAAAAUGGGGUUUGUCUAAUAACUUUGAUGGUUCAAGAAUUUUCAUUAACGACAACUUUGAUGACAUGCUAUUGUUUAGGCAAAAGUUUCUUGCAAAACUUGCUGCUUCAACUGAGUCGAGUAGCCAUGCUGGGUCAUAUAUCAUGUGUUCUGUCGAAGAUGAAUUUUUAAAGAACGAUGUUUUUUCACCAAUUGCUUAUCUUGGAUCAAUCCUAGAGCCAAAGAAAGUUGUUGUUGUUGGGACUAUCGUUGCAAUUGUUUCAGAUAAGAUGUGGUAUUAUGAUGGGUGCAACUAUUGCAAGUCCAAAGUUGAGCAAAAGUUUGAAACAUAUGAUAAGGAUGAUGGAACAAGUGAUGUUAAAGAUGAGAAGUUGUAUCAAUGUUCUAACAAGGAUUGUAAUGGUAAAGAAGUUUUCCCGUUGUCCAGGUUCAAAAUACCGGUUCGUGUUCAAGAUUCAACUGGUACGGUGACACUUACAUUGUUUGAUCAUGAGGCGAUGAAGUUUGUUGGUAAAACUGCAAAUGAACUUAUAGAAAUUCAGGACGAGUUAUUGAGGUCGAAUGAGAAUCCCGGAGAAUAUCCAGUUGAGUUUGAAUCAUUGCUUAACAUAAAGUGUGCUUUCGUGAUUAAAGUAAGUGACUUUAAUAUUGUGAAUGCUGUCGAGAAUUAUGGAAUCUCAGUUGUUACCACUGAUGAAGACAUAUUGGAUAAGCUGAACAAAAAAUUCAAAAUUGACCAACUUGAUGUAUCUGAUUCUUUUGGUAUGACUCAGUCUGAGUUCCAAGCUACCGGUGGUGACAGUUUCAAGGAUGCGGAUUCUUACACUGGGGAUAACACCACACCUGUGUCGAAGGAUUACGUGAGUGACUUGAAGCAACCAUCUUCUGAUAUGAAGCGUAACCUGGAUGAUGUUUAUUUGAAUGAUGAGGGAGUGGGGUCGUCAGCGAGUAAGCCUCGCAUGUGUGUUGAGAAGAAGGCUGUUGACGAAGAUCUAAGCAACAAUUGA